CACAUUCGCUGAAAGGUUCGGAACGAUCGCUGCAGACCAGUUCGGGAUGUAUAGUUUUGUUUCCUCAAUUGUGAGUGAUUAUUCACAAACCAGCACUGAACACUUGGAAGUGCACUACCCGGAGCAAGACGCACUGGAAUCUAAAAUACUAAUUGAACGAAUUCCAAUUGAAGAAAAAAAUCACAAUGCAAGUGAAAUACAAACUAAGGUCGAACCACCAAACAACCAAACAAACGGACUAUCCUUUGCUCCGGAAAUCGAUGUUACACUGAAACACGAAUGUGAGAUUUGUGGCAAACGUGUUGACGGAAGGAACGCACACGUCUGUGAACCCUGCAACGAGCAGCCCUUCACAUGCGAUAUCUGCAGUAAAACAAUUUCAUCUAGGAAGCUUCUAAUCAAACAUAUGCUCGUACAUACGGCUAAAACUGAAAAAUUCACUUGUGAUAUUUGCGGCAAAGUCUUCAAUAAGAGUUCUAAGUUUGAAAGACAUAAAAAUGUUCACAACAAUGAAUGUCGCGUGUGUGGCAAACAUUUGUGCGACAAAUCUAGCCUGAGCGCUCAUCUGAAAAUUCAUAAUGAAGUACGACUGUAUAAAUGCACACUGUGCGACAAAAGAUAUACUCAUGAAAAGAAUCUAUACACUCAUAUGAAUCGACAUUCAGACCAUUCUCUUCCAAGAUGCGAUGUGUGUGGCAAAGAAUACUUCUCUAGUUCCUCCUUGAAGGCUCACAUGGUUGUUCAUACCCGGGAGAAACGUUACAAGUGUACUGUAUGCGGUCGAGAGUUUUGCUACAAAGUUUUUUUCGAUAAACACAUGUUUGACCAUACGGGCGAAGCUGCGCAUAAGUGUGACAUUUGUGGCAGAGAGUUCAGAGUUAACGCAUACUUGAAAGAGCAUAGACGGGUCCACACAGGUGAACGACCGUUCUCAUGCAGCUUCUGUGACAAAAGCUUUCUUCGAGUGCAACAUCUAACCAGACACAUGCUCAUUCAUACAGGCAGACAGCAACAUAAAUGUGAAGUUUGUAACAAAAGCUUCACUACCAAAAAUUAUUUGUCAAAACAUAUGCUUUACCACACGGGCGAGGGACUGUACAGAUGCAGCAUAUGCGGAAGAGAUUGUACCAGUAAUAGUGCACUAGACGCGCACAUGUCCAUUCACACGGGUAAUUACCAGUUUUGGUGUCAGGUGUGUGGCAAAGGAUGUAUGGAUAGUUCCUGCUUGAAAGAACAUGAACGCUCUCAUACUGGCGAGCGACCGUUUAGAUGUACUGUGUGCGAUCAAGGGUUUCUGCGCAAAACACGUCUCGACAGACAUAUGCUCCGUCAACAUAAGGGACCGUAACUAUAAAAGGAAUUCCCGAAAGCCGAAGCUUAGCCGAUCUGAGUCACUGUUCUCUCUCUAUCCAUGUCUCGGCUUGUACUCAUCAGGGCAAGUAGAAUGAAUUUUGCGUCUGUUUAGCGGUUUGAGUUGAACUAGAAAGUGUCAAAGUCACCAAUGCACUGACGAAUGAAGAACAUACCGUGAAGAAAAUGAGGCGUUCUGUCAGUGGCGUGUCGUCCUCACGUGCACUGCACAAUCGGUCAAAUUGAAAGAAUUGACUGAAUUAUUUUUUAGGUUCUCAAAUUUUUCGAUGAAAGCAGGUUGGAUGUCCUCGUGGCACAAUAUGUAAUAAGCUACUUGCGCUUGAUGGUCAAUGACAGCCAAACGAUCUUUUCGUAUCGCUUUGCCGUGGCCAAUACGUGGCGCUCUGAGCUCGAACAAUUUAUCUUGUAAACAAAAUUGUAAAUACACGCAAUAUUGGUGUACAAGAUAAAUUGUAUACAUCCUACUUAAAAUUUCAAGUAUCCCUUGUCGCAGUGUUAGUGUCUUUUCCGAGCACAUGAGUUACAGCACAGAUUCAAUAAAAGAAGGAAUUACUUAGCUUAGCUCUGAGAUUAGUUGUUCUUUGUCAUGUUUGGCUCUAUGAGAACUUGUAUGUGCACCUUCAGGAGAGGCUUCAGUGGCUUAUGUUUAUGGCAGUUGAAAACAAAUUGCUGUCUCAGUUGCAACUUCGAAGCGAUUUUAUUGAUGAAGCUAUUGACAGGUUCGCUCGACAUGCAUGUGGCCGAUUUCUUCUAUUGUAUUAUGAUACAAAAUAAGUUUAAUAAAAAAAUCCUACCCAAAA